AUGAUCCAGCUUGCGAUAAAAUACAAAUUUGGACAUCAUAUCAUCGACAUCUUCACGAUAUAUGGGCUGGAAACGCUGGAGCAAACCAUGAAGUGCGGAGUCUGGUCUCUACUUUUCGGCUUCCUAAGUCCAAUGCUCGGACGAAUCAGUUUCUGCUGCACUCUACUCUUCCUGACAAAGACUGAUUCCCGUGUGAAGACUUGGCCGAUAUACUGUAUCAUCCUGUUUCAGCUGAUUGUCAACGUUGUUGGAGUCGUAGUAUUCUUUGCCCAAUGCGGAACGAACUUGGACACAUUCUGGACAUUUGAGAAGCAACUCAAGUACGACGAGUACUGCUGGCACCCAACGUUCGUUUUUCUCUCUCUGACAUGA